AUGGAUAUGAAAGACUUUCUGGAUUAUACACCUACCUGGUUUCAAGGACCUUCCUUUUUAUCGAAACCUGAAACAGAGUGGCCAGACGUUGAAGUUGAAGAACUACCAGAAGAUGACCCUGAAAUAAAAACUGUGAACACAACUUUAUUGCAAAACCCUGUGGAAAGUCCUCUGAGCAAGCUCAUCAGCUAUUGCUCUUCAUGGAUAAAGUUGAAAAAGUUUGUUGGAUACUACCUUCUCUUCUUCAGUUAUCUGAAAGUGAAAACAAGUCAAAAGAAGUUGACUGAGACAGAGGUUAUUCGUGAAACAAAGCUUGAUGUACAGAUUUUACAGAAAUCUGAAAAGGUGAUACUUACCCAAGUUCAACAUUCUUGCUUUCAAGAAUUGUUUGAUGCCCUGGAAAACCAACGUCCAACAUGUGUAAGCAAACCCAUUAGGAAGCUUGAUCCGAUCAUUGUUGACGGUUUGAUCCGUGUUGGCGGAAGACUAAGUCGGUCAAGUCUGGACUUUGAAGCAAAGUACCCUGUACUCCUACCUAAAGAGUCUCGUGUCACUGACCUCAUCGUGCGGGAUGCUCAUGAAGCUGUUGGUCAUUUAGGAAAGGCUGCUAUGACAACAAAUCUGAGACAGAAGUACUGGAUCUUAGGACUUGGUUACCUUAUCAAGAACAUUACUUCAAAGUGUGUUAUCUGCAGAUCGUACAUGGCACAGCAAAGGGAUCAAAAGAUGGCUGACCUGCCAUUGGACAGAGUAUCUUGUGAUGAAGCACCAUUCAUGAGAGUCGGAGUGGACUUCUUUGGUCCAUUUGCAGCUAAACGAGGACGUAGCAAUGUCAAACGUUAUGGAGUGGUUUUUACCUGUUUGGCAUCAAGAGCCAUUCAUCUUGAAGUUGCAUCUCAGCUCGACACAUCAUCAUGCAUCAAUGCAAUUCGUCGGUUUAUUGCAAGACGUGGGUGUCCCAAAAAGAUCUGGUCUGACAAUGGUACCAACUUUAUCGGAAGCAAACGAGAACUUAAUGAAGCGGUAGAGUCUUGGAAUCUUCAUCAAAUACAACAGGAGAUGCUACAGAAGGGCAUAAUGUGGGAGUUUAAUCCGCCCAUGGGUUCUCACUUCGGAGGAGCUUGGGAAAGAAUGAUAAGAACUGUCAGGAAGAUCAUGUACUCCCUGCUUCGUUCACAAGUUAUUAAGUUGGAUGAUGAAGGAAUUCAUACACUCUUCUGUGAAAUUGAAUCUAUUGUGAACAACAGACCAAUCACAACAGUUUCAAGUGACAUCAAUGACUUGUCUCCUCUGACGCCCAACCACAUUCUCCUACUUCGUAGUGGAGAAAAACUGCCUCCAGGACUGUACUCGGAGAGCAACUGUUGUCCAAAUGCAUGGAUCCGAUAUGGUAAUUCUUGUUACAUGUUUAUUGGCACCAAGGAGACAUGGAUGGAGGCAUCUCAACAAUGUGUCGUGCGUGGAGCUCAUCUUGCAACUAUUGAGACGGCCGACGAAAACGCUUUCAUAACUGGUUAUCUGAAGGUGUUUGGCGAUAUUGGUGCUUACAUGGUUACCUGGGUAGGUGGCAACGACAUGGAGAUAGAGGGGAUAUGGAAGUGGUCCGCGAGUGGGGAACGUGUGACAUACACCGACUGGGAACCCAAGGAGCCAGAAGGCUGCGCAACCUGUGGGGACUGUAUGGUCAUAUGGCCCAACUACAACUAUAAAUGGGGAGAUUAUCCAUGCCACAAUCAAGCAAAUUUCAUCUGCGAAAAACAAAUAACAGACGGAAGCCUUGUUGGAUAAGCAAAAUAUAUCUAAAAUAAAUAAAAGCAAAUAUUCCAAAAGUG